AUGUCGCGAGGUGCCAAUGUCAUUCGAGACUUGUCCAAGAAGUUAGCGUCCCGGACCAUCCAGGUCACGGUGGUGCCGGCGCCUGUCAAGUUUCCCGAGCGACGCGCUGUGCUGCACGCGCUGCAAAAGUUCGCCAAGAUCGAGGUCUUUCGAAAACUCGAUGACCAUGAUGCCUCUUUCAUUUCCGUCGCCAGCGACAACGAGUCGGCCAGCGAACUCAUCCGCCGUAGCCCCUUGGAGUACCAGCUCGCGACAGGCGACUCCAAAGGCUCGAUCCGCACUUUCCUGACGACGAACCCAUCAACCGAACCGAUCCUCAACAGCGCCGCCGACAGUCAAAUAGACACGGCAUCGAACAUUCGCGUCGAAGGCCAGGAUAUACAGAAGGACUUUAAGCUCCACAUCUUCCCGGCACCAGACUAUAUUCACUCGGCAGCCGUCCGCGCCUCACCUCUGCACGGCCCCUGGGCUGACGGGCGACGAGAGACCAUCAUGUCGUCGCUGCUCAAACGGUCGCUUCCUGCCGACGUGUCUGCGGACGGCCUGUCGGACUGGGAAUCGGGUGGGCAGGACCCUGAUCUGGACAAAAGCCGCCACGUUGAGGAUCUGCUGUUCGGCGGCAAGUCUGUCGAUCCGCACAAGCGCGCGAGGGCCGAAAGAUUGCUCCGUCAAAAACAGAAGCGCGACAUGCCAGCCGUCACGGAGGGACUGUUGCAUCUGGUUGAGCAGCAAGGUCAGGAGACGGGAGACGUCACCGGUGGGCAGAAGAGCGCAACGACACCGGCAACGACCUGA